AUGCCAGGCUAUUUCGGGUCCACCGACGCGGGCAGCAACAGCUGGCGCGGCGCCCUGGCCGCGGGCGCCGACUUGUCGCUCUACCCCCCAGACGCCGGCCCCCUGGCGGCCGACCCCCGCCGCGGCGUGAUCACCGUCGGCGCGGUGCCCUGGAUCGUCAACUUCAACGUGCCCAUCAGGACCGACGACGUGGCUGCGGCCCGGCGCGUGGCGCGCGCGGUCGGGGAGCGGGGCGGCGGGCUGGCCGGCGUCGAGGCAAUGGCGUUGGCCCACAGCCCAGGCGUGGUGGAGGUGGCGUGCAACCUGCUUGACCCGGGGACGUCGCCGCCACAGGCGGUGAUCUCAGCCAUCGAAGCGGCAGCUGCACGGGAAGGCCUGCGGCCGGUGGAGGGGGGCGCUUACGUCAUCGGGAAGCUGCCCGAUGAGAUCAUUGCUGCGGCCGACGCGCAGCUGCUGUGA